UGCCAGAGCGCCUAGUUCGAGCCUGUGAUUGGCGAAACUUGGACAAGGCUGAGAGUUGUCGAGUAAAGGACAAAUCAGCCGCAUUUGACCAAAGACCUCAACACCCCGCCCAACAUCGUCUUAAUUUUGAUCAUCUUCACAGAAUCGAGAACCUUCACCGACUUGGAAUUCCCAGAUCUUUGAGAUAAACUUCAAAAUACCUGAAUAUGCGUCCCAAAAGCCGAUCCGAUUUCGCGGUAGCCAUCAUCUGCGCCCUGACUAUCGAGGCGGACGCGGUUGAGGCUUUUUUCGACGAAACCUACGACCGCUUGGGUAAGAUUUAUGGUAAACAGCCCGGGGACGCGAAUGCAUACAUUAAUGGCAGGAUUGGGAAGCAUGAUAUUGUUCUGUGCUAUUUACCGGGAAUGGGAAUUGGCAGCGCGGCUAGUGUGGCUUCGAGCCUCCGAGUCAGCUACACCGGAGUCCGACUGGCACUGGUGGUUGGCAUCUGUGGCGGAGCUCCCUACCUAUCAAGUGAUCAGAAUAUCUUUCUGGGCGAUGUCAUUGUGAGUGAUGCUGUGGUUGAAUAUGAUUUUGGCAAACAAUAUCCGGGUGGUUUCCAGCGGAAGACAGAUGUCAAGGAUAUUCUGGGACGACCUGACCGAGAAAUUCGGACUCACUUGGCUGGCCUGAAGGGAAGAAAAACACGCAUUGAAUUUCAAGACCAGAUGUAUCGGCAUCUGGGUAUGGUUCAGCAAUCAGAGCCACAAUGGCAGCACCCGAGAUAUGAGGAUAUCCUCUAUCAGGCGUCUUACCACCACAAACAUUACAGUCAAGGUUCAAGGGUUAACUGCUGUUGCUUUGAUGGUAGCAAUCCAGACAAUAUUUGCAGCGAGGCAUUGGAGGAAAGUUGCAAGGAGCUAGGGUGUGAUGAGAAACAAAUCAGUCGUCGCCGGGCCGGCACGGAAGCAGUCAAAGCAUCCGUGCAUAUUGGGAAAGUGGCAUCUGCCAAUACGGUAAUGAAGUCUGGGGAGCACCGCGACAAGAUAGUCAAAGCAGAGAGUGUUAUUGGUUUUGAAAUGGAGGGAGCCGGGGUGUGGGAUAACAUCUCUUGCAUUAUCAUUAAAGGGGUGUGUGACUAUGCAGACAGCCACAAAAGUAAAUACUGGCAAGCUUAUGCGGCGGCAACAGGCGCUUCGGCUGCCAAAACGUUCUUAGAGUAUUGGAGACCGACUCACAGAGAAGGUUAGAAAUAUGUUCUAAUUAAACUUCACUAUGCUAAGCAUGUUUCUUUGCAGAGAGAAAACGUCAUUGGAUGGUCCCAUUCAGCAAAAACCCACAAUUUGUGGGACGGCACGACGAGAUUGUUAAGCUUGAGCAAUGGAUCACACAACAGAAUGGACCCAGCAAGGUCGGUGUCUGCGGAUUAGGUGGAGUUGGGAAGACCCAGAUUGCACUUGAACUGGCAUACCGCAUGCGAAAACGAGACCCUGAGUGCUCGAUAUUCUGGAUUCAAUGUACCA